AUGGAUCUUCAAUUUAAAGCUACUAACGAUAGCGACUGUGAUUCAUCAAACGACGAGAAUGAAUAUCACAUGGAGAUUGACUUUACAUCAUUAAGAUUCAAUGAUGAAGCAAUUGAGAACUUCCAAAUGAUAUUCCUUUACGGUGAUAUAAUGAAUAAAUUUAAUGUGCAGUCAGACUUUGAGUAUGAGUAUGAGGAUGAUGAUGAUGAGGAUGGCAACCGCAAAGUUAAUGAAUUUAAAGUAGAAAAAAUAUCUUAUGUCAUACACUCAACACCGUCAAGAUUAGCUGAGAAACUUUUGGAUGUGCCAAUAAUUUUCAUGUUCUUGACCGACGAACAAGUAAUGAUAGGAAACCCAAUAACAUUGGAAGUAAAUGAGUGCUUUGCUAAUUCUAUCCGAUGUAAUGACUUUAAAGAAGAAUCACUAAGAAAGACUUAUGACUUAACUGACGACUCAAAAUGCCUCGGAAAAGUUUCAUUAAAUUUCUCUAUCAUCAAAGACGUAGGAAACAGUAAUCGUUUUCGAAAAUUUUAUACAGCCUCUACCGCCGAAAGGCUUAAAUUAGAAGCGAUUUAA